AUGCUAGCAGGUAGAGAACAAAAGCUGUCAUGUUGUAUGAAGGAUUGGGAGCCAUUUGAAUCCAGUUGUUACUAUUUCUCUAAGGACAUCGACACCUGGAAUGGCAGUAGGAAAAAAUGCACAAACAUGAACUCUACCUUGGUGGUAAUAACUUCAGAAACUGAGCAGGUUUUCCUUAUAAGAAAAGGUAAAGAGGAAACCAUCACAUAUUAUAAAAAACCACCAGAAAACUUUUGUAUUGGCCUCAGUCGGGAAGAAACUAAGUGGCAAUGGGUGGAUCAGACUCCUACUAGCAGCAAUGAAAUGUUCUGGAAACCUUAUGAGCCCAGCAGUCAUAAGGGUGAAGAUUGUGUUGUCAUGUACGUGAGGGGCAACCAGGAUCUGAAGAACUGGAAUAAUGUCAUGUGCAGCAGCAGCAAGCAUUACUACAUUUGUGAAACCAUGCCAGUUAAUUUUUAGCCUACUUUCCAGUAGGCUUAUGAAAUCAUCCAGCAUUCUCUGUGUGUAACCAUGUGUCCCCACCACCACCCACC